AGAAGAAGAGUCACUUCCUCCCAAGCUGUUUCCAUGACAAUCCGACAUGGCGCCCGGGAUCCAACCGAUCCUUUCGUCCACUCCUCUGCAGGUCCUCUUCUACCUGAACAGCUGGUACUUUGCUGCCUUCUGCCUGGCGGAGAUUCUGAUGUUCAUCUACAAAGGGCUUUUACUGCCCUACCCGUCAGAUAAUCUGGUUCUGGAUGUGGUGCUGCUGCUGCUCUUCCUCGGUCUGGAGACUCUCAGGAUCUUUUACGGCUGGAAGGGGAACCUGUGUGAGCGCUCUCUGGCCUCGUGUGCGUCGCUCCUCAUCCUGGUUCCCUGUACGGCGCUGGCUGUUUACUACCUGCUGCUGCAGACCUUCGUCCUGCGGCUGGAGUUCCUCCUCAGCGCCGUCCUGCUCUGCUUCUACAGCCUCGAGCUCCUGCUCGGACUCCUCUCCAUAUCCGCCUUCUCCAGGUCCAAAGUGUGCUGAAGAAGAAACAUUUGAGCAGUUUGACUUGACCUGAAACACAGAGCAGCAGGAAGGAUCAACACUGGAGGUUAAACGUACGGCGCUUUGCUCAGAUGCCACUUUGUAAAUAAAACAUUGUAUAUUUUCUUACUAAAAUGUAAAUCUGAUGGACACUGUUAGUUUUCUACAAACUGUUUGUACUGAGAUCAAGAGACAGAUUGUGAUGAUGGACGGAGCUGUUGUAAAUAAGAGCCGAGCUGAAAUAAACCAGCAUCUUGGAGGUAAUAAGAGUUUGUGGGACUGCAGGCUGUCAGAUGCUCUGCACCUGUAAACUCACAGAGGGACUGUUGGGACGGCGAAUUGAGCUGCAGGAAGCUCGUCAGCUCGGAAUGGUUGAAUAAAGAUUUGAGCAAAAAUCUUA